GCCAUGCAGGGUGAGCUCCGCGCGAGCUCGUGAUGGUGCCGAGCGUCUAGAGCACGGGGAAGAAUCAGAGGUCGGUUUUAUUAUCGUUAUUUAGUAUCCUCAUUAUCACCGCUCCAUGGACGUCCGCGGUCGCUAAAGUUUGGUAUGGCUUUACCACGUGUUUUUGGAUGACCUAUGAAAACGGAUAGCUCGUCGUGAGGCUUGUCGGAAAGGAGAACAGCGCGGUGGCAGGACACCGGUCCUCAACCGCGUCCGCAGAGCAGUCGCGUUCUCCUCAGGUGGGACUCCCUUCGAGGCGUGCGCACGUCGGCGAGUGGCCCCGGCGGGUAUCCGCGUUUGAACAACAACAACAACAACUUUUUUUGUUUUCUUUUGUUUUUUUUUUUGGGUCCCGAAGGCCCAACCAUGGCCAGCGGUGGUUGUAAAAAAGACGAUGCUGGACUGGAGGACAGCCGAGCGGACUCCGGCAUUGACUCGUACAGGUCCAUCCUGAAGGAGGACCCUCUGGGCAGCAGCAAGGCCGCCGGCAGGGAGCCGCCGAGCGAGCCCGGCGACGGCAAGCUCGCCGCCGCCGCCGACGAGCGCCUGGACUCGGCGUACGGCUCGUCGUCCCUCACCGUGGAGAGCUUGUCGGAGCUGGUGGGAGACUGCAGCAUAUCCAGAGCGGAGGGCGAGCAGCCGCACAACGCGCGGCUCAGCGAGGAGGAGGAGAAGUUGCUGACCACUAUCACCGAUGAUGGAGACACAAUCCUGCAUUUAGCAAUCAUCCACGAAGAUGAAUACUUUGCUCACCAAUUGAUACAGCUGUUCCCAAAAGACGUCCUGGACAUCCAAAACAACUUGUACCAGACACCUUUGCACCUGGCCACCUACCUGAACUUGCCCAGCGUGGUGCAGGGGCUGGUGGAGAAGGGGGUCAGCCUGGAGAUGCAAGACCAGGAUGGGAACACCCCGCUCCAUGUGGCCUGCCAGCAUGGCCGGGUGAACUGUGCCGCUGAGAUGACCAGAGAGGUGUCCCCCAGCAAACUGGCGCCCGUCCUAGAGACCCAGAACUGGAGAGGUCUUACCUGUCUUCACCUGGCUGCGUUGAACAGGCAACAUCAUCUCAUGAAGCUCCUGAUGAAAAAGGGAGCAGACCUGAAUAUCCAGGAGGGUACGAGCGGGAAGACGGCUCUUCACCUCGCCGUGGAGCUCCACGACAUCCCUGCAGUGAUUCUGCUGCUUGACAACGGAGUCAACAUGGAUGCUGCCAUGUUUAACGGCUGCACGCCCCUGCAUCUGGCGGUGGGACGCCAGGACGCCACGGCCGCCGACCUCCUCUGCAAGUUCGGCGCUGACAAGAUGCUGCGAAACAUGGAGGACGAAACGGCUCUGGAUCUGGCUGACGGCAACGGCGACAUUCUUGCUCUGUUUCCAUUUGAUGACAUCCAGAUUUCCGGGAGGUCAGUGGUUGGUGUGAAGUUUUGAGGCCGCUGACUCACAGGUUGAACUGUAAACUCAGAUGUGUUUGGACUGGAGCAUCGCUGUAGCUGGAACUUUUAAAAGAAAUGCUUUGUUUCUGUUGCAGUUGUUAUCAUACAGUUCCUCAUUUGUAUUUUUUUUUUGACCCAUAUUGGUUAUUUAUGUUUUUUUCAGGCAACUAUAGCCUACUCCAACUGAAUUAUAUAAAAAGGUACAAAAGCAAAUAUAGUUCUGCUUUAUCAAUUCUUUUCCUUGACAAUGGUAAAAAUCAAUAUUUCUAAGUUAUUUACUAAAAAAAUUUUUUUUGCUUUUGUUCCUCACAUCGUUGGAAGGAGUGCAAUUAGCAGAAAUAACCGGCUCAUUUAAAAGUGCAAAAAGUUCCCGUUUUUAAAGUUUUCAGAGUGUGAAAUUUUCUUUUAUGAAUAUCUACCUCUUCACAUUAAUUAUAGUUAAUGAUGGAACUCUAACUCACUUGCCUCUGUUUCCAUGGCUUUUUUUACAUUACUGACAAAUGUGGGUUUUCAGUGUGGCCAAUUAGAUUGCUUUCGAAGGAUGUAUUCAGAGGCUGGGAAAAAAAAAAGAAGCUGAGCAAUGGCAAUUUUUCAUUUAUUAUGAGGAAAAAAAAUGUUUUCAAAAAUAACUCACUUAUCCCACAAACAAAAUAUGUGCCAAACCAGCAACUUAGAAAUUCCUCUUUGAUUAUUGGUUUUGUGUUUUAAUGUUUAGAGGCGCAUCGUGAUGCUGCAGCAGCUCUGUAGUGUGGCAACACGUUUCUGCAAUAUUUCACAGUCCUUCCCUGCAGUUGGGCUGGGCUUGUAAUUUAACUCGCCUGUAUGAAUAAUAUAAGCAGUUCCAAGCUUAUCUUUUGUUUUGUAAUAAAAAGAAUAAAUUA